UUGAGCUCACAGUUAGCCGAAAUACUUCAUAAAUGGCCUGGAGGAAGAAUUGAUCUUACGAGUUCUGAUGACAUCGCAAGGCUAGUGUUGAAUCGACCGGAAAAAAGCAAUUGCUUAUCAGGAGAGAUGAUGCUUCACUUUGGAGGAAGAGUGAAGAGGUACGAUUACCAAGUUUUUAAGGAAUUAUCAACGUUUUCAUCAUGUGGUGUACUAGUUUUUGAAGGAGCUGGUCGUUCUUUUUGCAGCGGUGCAGAACUUGGACUGAUUGAAAAGCUGUCUUCUCCUUCACUUGGAUCUGAGAUGUUUCGCUACAUGUCUUCAGUGCUGGCCACCAUUCGUUCUUCUUCUAUGGUGAGUGUCGCUCGUCUCCACGGCCACUGCUUAGGCGGCGCGACCGAGUUGGUUUCGUCCUGUGAUAUUCGCGUGGCUCACAAAGAAACUAAGAUUGGAUUUCUGCAAUCUCGAAUGGGAAUUGUGCCGUCAUGGGGUGGAGCGGCUUACUUAGAGUCCAUAAUCGGCAGAGGAGCUGCUUUACGUGUCAUGACAACGGCUCCAAUUCUUACUGCUGCUGAAGCAAAAGAUAUAGGCUUUGUCGAUAUGCUGUACGAUACAGAAGAAGCCUUCGAGGAAUUCGUAGCUUCAAUGACGAGAAAUGGUGUUGAUGUUUGUAAAGCUCAAAAAUCAAUGCUUAAUGCCUACAGAGAAGGAAAUCCCGAUGGUUAG